GGGUGGGUCUAAAUACUCAGGUUUCAAAGUUUCAAAGGUUAAUCUAUGUAGCAAAAACUGGUGGCUUGAUUUGAAUCAAAAUUGUGUCAAGCCAGAAGUCUCAUUCACAACAAGGUUCCCCUGGUAUUUUUUUCCAUUCUGGACACGGGAACAUGCUUCUGAAGAGGUGAGUGAAUCAGUGGUUAGGAUCUUUCUUGCCUCUGUCUGAACCAUCACAGGAAACAUAGAAAUGGCUUUGGAAUUCUCAAAAGCCUUGAAUCUUUUUGUGUUAUGUGCCUUGCUGUCUCCUGGAAGCGCCCAGUGGUGGAAUAUUUUAGAAUUUGGAAAGAAGGUAGAAAUUUCAACAACUGAACCUGCACAGAUUACAACAGCCCAACCUGUAGAACUUGCAGCCAUUCAACAUACAGAAAUUGUAACAACUAAACCUACACAAACUGCAACAACGCAGCCUGUAGAAACGGCAGGCAUUCAACCCGCUGAAAUUGCAUCAUCUCCACCUGUAAAAGAUGCAACAGGUCAAGUCACAAAAAUUGCAGCAAUGCAACCUGCAGAAAUUGCAUCAACUCAACCUGUAAAAGAUGCAACAGAUCAAGCUGCAAAAAUUGCAACGACUCGAGCCGCAGAAAGUACAACAAUGCAACCUGCAGAAAUUGCAUCAACUCAACCUGCAAAAGAUGCAACAGAUCAAGCUGCAAAAAUUGCAACAACUCGCGCCGCAGAAAGUACCACAAUGCAACCUGCAGAAAUUGCAUCAACUCAAGCUGCAAUUGCUCAAUCUGCCAAAACUGCAACAACCAUGGACAAAGUGAGUCAAGUCACUCAAAGUACUGCAUUCUUCAAACUUGAUGUUAGCUCUAGACCAGUUGAUUAUGAUUUGGAACGUGAAGAAGAUAAAGAAAAAGUGAAGAUUGAAUCUCUCAGCUCUGUUUCACCCUUCACAACUGCAGCACCAGAGGACGAGUCAUCAUCUCCUCCAGGUAUUGAACUACAGGAGAACAUCAAUCUGCUCAGUCUGGUUCCUGAAGGCUCUCCAGAUGUCUCCAAGAUGGAAGGACUGGGUGGGAAAACUGGGCUUAACUUCCACAAGGAUUUCACCCCCACACCGCACUCAAUUCAAACCGUCUUUCCAGAGCCAUUUUACAAAGAUUUCGCUAUCCUAGUCACCCUGAAGCAAACCAAUCUGAAUGGCGGAGUGAUCUUUGCGGUGGUGGGUUCUUCUGGGAAGGUCAUUAAUCUCGGAGUUAAGUUAUCCCCAGUGGAAGAUGACAUUCAGCACAUUGAACUUUAUUACACCCCACCAUACUUGGAUGCUUCCAGGAAAGCAACUUCCUUCAAGGUGCCAGCCAGGGUCAAAAGGUGGACACGGUUCGGGCUCCGUGUGGAAGGUAAUACAGUGACCCUGCAUCAACAAUGUCAGAGACCCCAACGACUCAAAUUCAAAAGGUCAUGGGAACCUUUCGAGUUUGAACCAGAUUCUAAAAUACUCAUCGCAAAUGCUGAAGAAGCAGACCAAGCCAAGUACACUGGUGCUAUUCAACAAUUGACCAUCACACCAAACCCUGAGGAUGCAGAAAAACCAGAGUACAUGGUGUGUGAUGAUAACCUGGUGAUUGAAGGUGAUGAUGAAGAUGACCUGGAGGUUUCUGGUUUGCUGGAGGUUGUGGAUCCAAACAUUCAGAUCACCACACCACAACCGAAAGUGCCUGAUCAGCCAGAAGCAACUUCUGACCACAAAUCCAUGCAAGGCUCUGGGGAGGAGGCUAUCACAAGUGCUCCCGUCGAACCAGAUACUUCAGAUAUGGAAGAAGACAUUGACAUCAGACCUGAGAAAGAGAUCUCGCCAUCGUCAAAAGGAGACAAGGAAGAAGUUGAUCCAUGUAUCUGUCCUGUCUCCCCAGGACCUCCAGGGACAAAGGGGGAGCAGGGGCUCCCAGGCAAACCAGGUCGACAUGGAGAAGAUGGAGCUCCUGGCCCGGUGGGUCCAGCUGGUCCUGAGGGACACCCUGGACAACCCGGAUUACCCGGACAACCCGGAUUACCUGGACCACCCGGAUUACCCGGACCACCUGGAUCAAGAAGAGAAACUGGAUGGUUUGGCACUGGGAGUGAAGCAGUUCCUGGAAGUCCUGGCAUUCCUGGGAAUCAUGGUUUAGAUGGACCCCCGGGGCCGAGAGGCUUACCGGGUGAGACUGGUUUACCAGGACUUUCAGGACCACGUGGACCAGCAGGGCCUCCGGGACAAAAAGGAGAUAAAGGGGAUAGAGGGCCCAAGGGUGAAGAAGGGCAGCGAGGAUGGCCAGGGGUUAGCUAUCCCGGAGCAAAGGGUGAAAAAGGUGACAUUGGACCUCCCGGUCCAGCACCACAAUGUCAAGAUGGGUCAGAGUUUCCUUGUCAAGGUUACACCAUUAGUGGUGAAAAGGGUGAAAAAGGUGACCCAGGUCGUCCAGGUGAAGAGGGUUUCCCUGGACCUGCUGGUCCUCCAGGACUUCCAGGCCCCGUUGGAGCACCCGGGCCCUUGGGUGUCUGUGACCAGGAAUGUGUCUGUCUGCCAGGGCCCCAGGGCCCCCCAGGACCCCCAGGACCAGCCAGCUCCCAAUUGUUUGACAUUUCGUCCGAUCAGAUGUUGGAGCAACUGAGGGGAGAGCUAGGCCCACCUGGAAGACCAGGGCGUCCUGGACUGAAAGGAGAGAAGGGAGAGCCGGGUGUUUCAGGAGAACAUGGAGCAGUACCGUGUGGACUCCCAGGUACUCCAGGUGUUCCUGGUAUUCCAGGACCUCCAGGACCACCAGGAUCUCCAGGAAUUCCAGGAUUGUUUUACUAUAAUAGAAUUUUCCCUGUUCCUCCGAGACCUCACUGCAAAAUACCUGUGAAUCAAGACAUCAGGAGCCCAGACCUGCAAAGUACCAAACCCAAUGAUAAUCUCUUUGACAGCAGCCUGAAGAGCCAGGUCUUCAAGAAUGUUGAACUCAUGCUGAAAGCAACUCCAAUGGUUCCAGAAGGUUCUCUGGUGUAUGUAUCAGAAGAAGGAAAAGUUUUCAUUCGACUACAUAAUGGUUGGAGAAAACUCUGUCUUGAAGACUUCUUCCCUGGCAUCGCUUCUGAUGAUCCUGCUAUAUCAGUUAAAGUGCCUGAUGGCCCCCCUGUUCUAGGAUCAGUGGUUAAAGUGCCGGAUGGCUCCCCUGUUCUAGGAUCAGUGCUUCACCUGGUGGCUCUGAACGCUCCCCUCACGGGCGAGAUGACUGGGAUCCGGGGCGCUGACCUGCAGUGUUUCCAACAGGCUCGGGAAGCCGGGCUGCAAGGAACUUUCCGGGCCUUCCUCACCUCAAGUAACCAGGACCUGGUCUCCAUCGUGAGGAGAUCUGAGAGGACUUCCGUGCCAAUUGUCAACCUCAAGGGUGAAAUGCUGUUUUACAACUGGGAUGCCAUCUUCAGUGGCUCUGGGGGACAUUUUAACCCAAAGGUGCCGAUUUAUUCAUUCCGAGGUCAAAAUGUCAUGACUGAUUCCACGUGGCCUCAGAAGAUGGUCUGGCAUGGCUCAAGCACCAGAGGGAUUCGCGUUUCAGGCAAUUAUUGUGGUGAAUGGAGGAGAGGGAAUGGCGCGAGUGGACUUGCAGCAUCACUUGUGAGUGGGAAGAUGUUGGGGCAGCACUCAUACAGCUGUUCCAAUUCCUUCAUUGUGCUCUGCAUUGAAAACAGCAUCACACACACACACCGGGCAAGGCGCAGUAACUGGUAGUGUCUAUCAUAUGUUUAUGCUCUUACAUAAGGUCAAGUGACAAAGAUUCCCACUUCUGCACUAUGGUGAGAAAGAACUGUGUUGGGAGUAUUUCUCUUUCUGCUUAGAUCCUGGUUUAGCUUUUUGUACCAUUUCCUUGUUAUAUACGUAAUGGCCGCCUUGCUGUUUUUUUUCCAUGUGAAAUGCCUUAAUUAAAUAAAAAUAAGUAAUGAAAAUAA